ACGGACUGACAGAAGAAAGACAGGACUAGGUGAGGGACGGACUGACAGAAGAAAGACAGAGGACGAGGUGAGGGAUGGACUGGCAAGAGAAAGACAGAGGACUAGGUGAGGGACGGACUGACAGGAGAAAGAAAAGGACUAGGUGAGGCACGGACUGGCAGGAGAAAGACAGAGGACUAGGUGAGGGACGGACUGACAGAAGAAAGAAAAAGGACUAGGUGAGGCACGGACUGGCAGGAGAAAGACAGAGGACGAGGUAAGGGACGGACUGACAGGAGAAAGAAAAAGGACUAGGUGAGGCACGGACUGGCAGGAGAAAGACAGAGGACGAGGUUUUCUUGCAUCAUGGCGGACAGCGCGGACAUGGAGCAGCUGCUCGCGGCCUUUAAGAAGUUCGCCAUUCGUGGAGACACGAAGGCGAUGGGGAAGGAGCUGAACGGGAAGAACUGGGCCAAACUGUGUAAAGACUGUAAGAUCAUCGACGGCAAGAACGUCACCGUCACCGACGUCGAUAUCGUCUUCUCCAAAGUCAAACAGAAGACGUCUCGCGUCAUCACGUAUGAGGAGUUUCACAGAGCGCUGCAGGAGUUGGCUCCAAAGAGGUUCAAAGGUCAAAGUAAAGAGGAGGCGCUGCGGUCCAUCGUCGCCCUGGUGGAGGGAGGAGAACCGUCCAACGCCGGAGUGACGAAAGUGGCGAAGACGGCGGCUGUGGACCGUCUGACCGACGCGUCCCGCUACACUGGAUCACACAAAGAACGCUUCGAUGAGAGCGGCAAGGGCAAAGGUCGCGAGGGCCGCGAGGAGCUCGUGGACAACACUGGCUAUGUGGGAGCGUACAAGAACGCUGGGACGUACAACACCAAGAUGCAGGAUGAGAAGUAACAAGGCAAGAGGGGGCGCCUGCUGGAGGCUGACAGGAAGUACAGCUCCUACAGGACUGUGGAUCUGUGUGUGUGUGUGUGUGUGUGUGUGUGUGUGUGUGUGUGUGUGUGUGUGUGUGUGUGUGUGUGUGUGUGUGUGUGUGUGUGUGUGUGUGUGUGUGUGUGUGUAGACAUGGACAUGUCCAAAGUGGUGUAGUUUGUAAGUAGUGAUCAUGUGAUCAGUCUGCUCUCUGAUAGGUGGGUUUUCAUUUGACAGCUGUUAAACUAGCACGUAAGUGAUGUCACUUCCUGUCAGCUGACUAAUCUCCAAUCAAAUGUUCAAACAGCGGCAGCAUUUGGAUCGAUGUUGUUUAAAACUGGAAUCUGACCUUUGACCUUUGCUACAAAGUUGAAAUCAUGAAAAAUGUGUCUUAAUGUUUGUGUUGACGAAACUGGAAACAAAUGUAUUGAACCAAUAAAGAACGAAAACACAGUU